CUGAGAGAUGCACUUUUUGACUUCUGAAAUUCUCUUCUGUCAGGCUUCCUGUAAGGAGAAGCAAAAUACCAAAAUGGCCGAAGACCCCAAAUCCGCCAUUGAAGAUACGCCCAGCAAUGACUAUCGGAACAGGCUAGGAAGCGAAGUUGCCAUUGGCAUCGACGACUUGAGCGCCAUCCCAAAAGGCACCAUUGAUCCUGUCUAUGAAGCCAAAGCAAGAGUCCUCAACCGCGCCAUUCAAGACAUAGGCAUGGGAUGGUAUCAGUGGCAGCUCUUCAUCGUCGUCGGCUUCGGCUGGGCCAGCGACAAUCUCUGGCCCAUCAUCACGUCUCUUAUCUUCACGCCCAUCACCAACGAAUUCAGCCCGACCAGGCCGCCGUUAUUGACCCUGGCCCAGAACAUAGGCCUCCUCGCCGGUGCCAUGUUUUGGGGGUUUGGCUGCGACAUCUUUGGACGCCGCUGGGGCUUCAACUUGACCCUCGGCAUCACGAGCGUUUUCGGCCUCAUCGCCGCCAGCUCGCCCAAUUUCGCGGCCAUCGGCUGCUUCGCUGCUCUCUGGUCUUUUGGCGUGGGCGGCAACCUCCCUGUCGACUCUGCGAUUUUCCUCGAAUUCCUCCCCGGUUCUCAUCAGUACCUCCUGACAGUCUUGUCCGUAGAUUGGGCCUUGGCCCAGCUGCUGGCAACACUGAUCGCUUGGCCGAUCCUGGGCAACUUGACCUGUCAAGAGGACGAAGUCUGCACGCGCUCGAAGAACAUGGGAUGGCGGUAUUUCGUGAUAGCCAUGGGCGGCAUCGCCAUGGUAAUGUUCUUCAUCCGUUUUGUCCUAUUCACCAUUUACGAAUCACCGAAAUAUCAUAUGGGCAAAGGUCGCGACGAAGAAGCCGUGCGCAUCGUCCACGAAGUCGCCCGGCGGAAUGGCAAGACCUCCCCUCUGACGAUCGAGGACCUUCGAGCCUGCGAGAUCCUCGGCAACGGCCAUGCACAACAGACGAGCGCCAGCGCCGCGAUCAAGCGAAACCUGGAGAAAGUCAACAUGUCGCACGUUCGCUCGCUGUUUGCCACCAAGAAAUUGGCCUUCAGCACGGGAAUGAUCAUGGUCGUGUGGAGCUUCAUCGGGCUGGGCUACCCUCUGUACAAUGCGUUUUUGCCGUACCUGCAAGCCAUCAAGGGCGCCCAAUUCGGCGACAGUUCAACGUACAUCACGUACCGCAACCAAGUCAUCAUCGCCGUGCUGGGUGUUCCAGGCGCACUGCUCGGCGGCGCCAUGGUCGAAAUCCGCGGCUUCGGGCGCAGGGGCACGCUAGCCCUGUCCACCGUCGCGACGGGCGUGUUUUUAUACUGUUCGACCACGGCGACCACGUCCGACGCCCUGUUGGGCUGGAAUUGCGCCUUCAACUUCACCAGCAACGUCAUGUACGCCGUCCUGUAUGCCUACACGCCAGAGGUGUUCCCCACCAAAGAUCGAGGUUCGGGCAACGCACUGUGUGCAACGGCGAACCGGAUCUUCGGAAUAAUGGCGCCAAUCAUUGCCAUGUUUGCGAAUCUAAAGACCUCGGCGCCGGUAUACACGAGUGGUGCGCUGUUCAUUGCUGCUGGAUUGCUGGUGAUCCUUCUGCCGUAUGAGUCGCAGGGGAAGGCCAGUCUGUAAUGGUUCAUGGUUCAUCUUGGCCGGUGAACCCUCACAGACGGCUCAUGGUUCAGCAAGCGACCGGAUGGAAUCACAAUAGGGAAAGAAGGGAGUGACAGAGACACAAAAGGAGCGGUAUCAACAGAAUGAUAUGACUGACAAAAGGAGCAAUGAUCUUAUAUAACCUUACAGGCUAAAUCCCGCGACGCUAUCAUUUCCUGCCGGCAGUCUUGUGAAGAGAUGAGUAGAAUCAAUGUCUUGAAUCUGCGCCUUUUCCUGGUGAACCAUAAGUCUCAGUCAAAUAUGAGUCCAGCCCGGAUUGAA